AUGGCGACUCCAUUUGAUCAAAAUAUGACGAUUGGUGGACAAAAUUAUGGAAACACAUCUGCAUCCACAGCGUCAUUAAUCGAAUCAUGGAAAAAACUAAAACAUCCAUGGGUAUCAUUGGCACAUGUUGUUUGUAGAAUAUCACCGAUAUUAUUUUAUGUAUUUUCUAAUCUUUUACAAACCGGUUUUAUAAUUCAAAUGGUGACAUUCUUAGUCUUAAUAACAUUAGAUUUUUGGAUUGUCAAGAAUAUUUCAGGAAGACUUUUGGUUGGCCUUCGUUGGUGGGCUCAAACUGAUGAUGAAGGAAAAACAAAAUGGGUUUAUGAACAAGCUGAGAAUACAUCUUUGUAUGAUCCAAUUGAAAGUAAACUUUUCUGGGGUGUUCUUUUUCUUGCACCAAUUAUGUGGGGAUUCUUUGUUAUAGUGGAUUUUUUUACGUUUAAAUGGGUAUGGAUGAUAUUAGCUGGAAUGGGCUUUGUUAUGUCAUCUAUUAAUGCUUAUGGAUAUAUUAAAUGUAGAUGGACCAGUACAUCUGAAAUAACAAAUUACUUCUCAAAGAUAGCUUUAUUAUCAUUAUUAAGGAGAAAUUAUCAACAACCUCCUGCACCACAGAAACCAACAGAGAUUGUUUAG